AUGGCAGGUGUUUCCUGGACUGAAGGAGGAGUCUCCAGUGAGACAGCUGGCAGUGGCAGUGCAGAGUUUGGGUUGGAAGCACAUUUCCAGUAUUCCAUGUUUACUGUCACCUACAGCAUUGUCUUUGUGCUGGGCCUGGUGGGCAAUGCCCUGGCUCUGUACCUGCUGUCCUGCAGGGUGAGGCACACAUCCCAUUCCUCCAUUUACAUGCUCAAUCUUGCCCUGGUGGACACUCUGUUUGUUUGUGUGUUGCCUUUUAAAAUCCAUUACCACCUGAACCAGAACAACUGGAUCUUUGGGGACAUAGCCUGUAGGAUCACUGGGACUCUGUUCUACAUCAACAUCUACCUCAGCAUUGCCUUUUUCACCUGCAUCUGUGUGGAUCGUUACGUGGGAGUGCUGCACCCCCUCAGCUACAUCCAGAUCAGAGCCACCCACUGCCUGGGGGUGGUCACAGCCCUCUGGGUGGUGGCUCUGAGUGUCACAGUGCCUCUCAUCCUGGGGGGGCCUCUGCACAACGAGGGGCUGAGGAACACCACAGCCUGUUUUGAGAACUUCACCACGAGCAGCUGGACCCAGCGCAUGGCGCCCUACAACAUCCUGGCCUUGGUCUUUGGGUUUGUGAUCCCCUUCUCCAUCAUCCUGGUGGGAUACCCUCUCAUUGCCAGGAGGAUCUCCAGGAUCAAGAGGAGUGUUUACAAGAGGAAGGCACUGAGAACUGUCUACAUUGUCCUGAGCAUCUGUGUCCUGUGUUUUCUCCCCUAUCACCUCACUCACUUGCUGCACUUCCUGAUGAGGAGCCAAGUCAUCCAGGAUGAGGCUUCCACCAAACUCAUCUACAAGAUGAGGAGAGUCACCUUAGCCCUUGUGAGCUUCAACUGCUGCCUCAACCCACUCUUGUACUACUUCACCUCUUCCAGCAAGAAGUGGCACUGCAACUUCAGGCUCAGAUUCAGGUCUAAAAUGGUGUUCACCAUCUGUGACCAGAACUUUGAGAAGUCGUCCUCCUGUACUUAUAAACUACAGCAGAGAGAUGGAAAUCAAACCCCCAGAGAGGAAAUCAACUGA